AUGCUAAACGCCGGCACAUCGACAAGAAAGAAAAGUGUAAGAUUAGAAUGGGUGUUGGCUAGAAUAAGAGGAGGAAGGUUGUGGGAUAACCUUCACCAGGUUUCUUCUGGGUUUUAUUCGUGA